GUGGACGUCUUCUCCGUCGGCCUAUUCUUGGAGAUGGUGGUGGGGCGUUUGGGAGGCCGAGGAGCGCCCGCUAAGGAGGCGCGUAUCCGACGCAUUGUAAACUGAUAGCACCUCCACGAUUGAAAUUUCUAACGGGCAGCUUUAGUCGCUCCGAAACCGUGUGUCGUGUCAACGGGUAACUCGUACUUUCUUUUUUGAGUUUUUUUUCGUUUGAUCCGUCAGCGCGCAACAAAAACCAUUCACCAUGGACGCGAUCAAGAAGAAAAUGCAAGCGAUGAAGCUUGAAAAAGACAACGCUUUAGAUCGCGCUGCGCACAAUGAACAACUCGCCAAAGAUGCCAACCUCCGCGCAGAAAAGGCUGAAGAAGAAGCCCGUUCCCUCCAAAAGAAGAUCCAAGCCAUUGAAAAUGAUCUCGAUCAAACACAGGAACAACUCACACAAGUCAAUGGAAAACUUGAAGAAAAAGAAAAAGCCCUCCAAAACGCUGAAUCAGAAGUAGCCGCCCUCAACCGUCGUAUCCAACUUUUGGAAGAAGACUUGGAACGUUCGGAAGAACGUUUGGCCACCGCCACCGCCAAAUUGGCCGAAGCCUCAGCAGCCGCCGACGAAAGCGAAAGGCAACGGAAGGUAUUAGAAAAUCGUUCCCUGGCCGAUGAGGAGCGUAUGGACGCUCUGGAAAAUCAACUCAAAGAGGCCCGUUUCUUGGCAGAAGAAGCCGACAAAAAAUACGAUGAGGUAGCUCGUAAAUUGGCCAUGGUUGAAGCUGAUUUGGAACGUGCUGAAGAACGUGCCGAAACUGGUGAAUCCAAAAUCGUAGAACUUGAAGAAGAACUUCGCGUCGUAGGUAACAACUUAAAAUCUCUUGAAGUAUCAGAAGAAAAGGCCAACCAACGCGAAGAAGAGUACAAAAACCAAAUUAAGAACUUGACCACCCGUCUAAAGGAGGCUGAAGCCAGAGCCGAAUUCGCAGAACGUUCUGUACAGAAACUACAGAAGGAGGUCGACAGACUAGAAGAUGAAUUGGUGGCGGAAAAGGAGCGCUACAAGGAAAUUGGAGACGAUUUGGAUACUGCUUUCGUCGAGCUUAUCCUUUAAGUUUUUCUUACUUAAUUUCUUUUUAAUCUGGUCCUGUAUUCGCGAUGUUUGCACGGCUUUGAUAUUCGGCGACUCAAUAUCUAAAUUCACAAGAGGGAGAACAUAUUUAAUUUUCGGGGGAAAAUACAGGCCCUUUCUUUUUGACG